UUGUGAAGAGCGCUUUAGACAACCACACAAGUCCAUAACCUGCUGUAGAAGACUGCCAGCACCUCGGACCAAAACGGGAGACAACAUGGCGUCGGACUCUCCACGCAGACCGAGUCGCUGUGCUGGAGGGGUUCUGGUGCGAGCACAAGCUGCUACGGAGCAGUCUUACAUGGAAAGUGUGGUGACUUUCCUGCAAGAUGUGGUUCCUCAGGCGUAUACUGGGGCUCCGCCGACUGAUGAAAAAGAGAAAAUAAUAUGGGUUCGAUUUGAGAAAGCUGACAUCAACGACACUUCCAGGAACCCAGAGUUUAUGGAGAUGCACAGCGGCACCAGUGAUCCUCCCCUCUGCCUCAUGAUCGGCUACACUGACGGGAUGCAGAUCUGGAGUUUAUCAUUGGCAGGGGAGGCCCAAGAACUGUUCUCUGUGCGCCACGGUCCAGUGAGAGCUGCUCACAUUCUGCCCUCCCCUCAUAUCAGUCCUGUGAAGAUCGACAGUUUUGCUGACAAGAGGCCCCUGCUGGGAGUUUGCAAGAGCACAGGGUCCUCUGGGACGAGUCCCCCUUACUGCUGUGCUGACCUGUACUCUCUACGGACAGGAGAAAUGGUUAAAUCAAUUCAAUUCAAGACGCCCAUCUAUGAUCUACACUGCAGCAAACAUAUUCUUGUUGUCAGCCUACAAGAGAAGAUUGCAGCAUUUGACAGCUGCACUUUCACCAAGAAGUUCUUUGUUACAAGCUGCUAUCCCUGUCCUGGCCCCAGCCUCAAUCCAAUUGCUUUAGGAAGCCGCUGGCUGGCCUAUGCUGAGAACAAGUUGAUCAGAUGUCACCAGUCUCGUGGAGGAGCUUGCGGUGACAAUGCACAGUCCUAUACAGCUACAGUGAUCAACGCUGCCAAAACUUUAAAGACAGGUCUGACCAUGGUGGGGAAGGUUGUAACCCAGUUGGCAGGCACUCUUCCAGCAGGCACUCCAGACGAGGAGGGCACACCUCACAGUGCGAGCCGCCGCAGCCCCCACAACCCCGGUGUGGUCACCAUCAUUGACACACACAGUGUUGGAGAAGGACAGGUCUUGGUGAGUGAGGACUCGGACGGAGAGGGAGUUGUGGCUCACUUCCCAGCUCAUGACAAACCCAUAUCCUGCAUGCAAUUCAACCCCAGUGGAAUGCUGCUAGUGACCGCCGACACCCUGGGCCACGAUUUUCACGUCUUCCAGAUCCUCACCCACCCAUGGGCGUCCUCGCAGAGCGCCGUUCACCAUCUCUACACACUGCACCGUGGGGAGACCGAGGCCAAGGUUCAGGACAUGUGUUUCAGCCAGGACAGUCGCUGGGUAGCCAUCAGCACCCUCCGCGGCACCACCCACGUCUUUCCCAUCAACCCGUACGGCGGCGCACCCUGCGCUCGCACGCACAUGUCCCCUCGCGUCGUCAACCGCAUGUCUCGCUUCCAAAAGAGCGCCGGGCUGGAGGAGAUCGAGCAGGAGCUGAACAGGGCGGCCGCCUUAGGAGGAGGAGCUGGAGGAGGAGGCAUAGGAGGAGGAGGCUGCAUCCUGGGCGGAGGAGGAGGCAUCGGGGGCCGCUGUAGCCCCAUACCUGGUCUGUCCAGCAGUCCGUCGGGGUCGCCGCUGCACGUCAAGCUGAGCAGCCAGGAUUCAUACAACAACUUCACCAAUAACAACAUGGGAAACCCACGGCUGUCCCCUCUGCCCAGCCUCACUGUGGUGCUCCCCCUGGCUCAGAUCAAACAGCCCAUGACCCUGGGCACCAUCACCAAGCGCAGCGGCAAAGCUAAGCCGCCCCCUCAGAUCUCACCAAGCAAGUCCAGUGGGGGGGAGUUCUGUGUGGCUGCCAUCUUUGCCUCAUCUCGGUCUUGGUUCAUCACCAACCCCAACAUAAAAAGAGAUAAAGAUCAGUCUAGGCAGUCAGUGGUCGACUCACUGUACAUCCUCAGUUGCUACGGUAACUUGGUGGAGCAUGUUCUAGAGCCUCGGCCAAUAAGUACCGCUCAAAAGAUAAGCGAUGAUACACCUAUGGAGCUCAGCACCUGCCCAAGAGCCUGCUGGACUCUAGCCAGAACUCCACAGUGGAAUGAGCUGCAGCCACCCUUCAACUCCAACCAUCCCCUGGUGUUGGCCUCUGACCUGGUGCAGUACUACCAGUAUCUACUGGCUGCAAUGCCCCCGGGGAGUCCAGGGCCAAUCACACGUCACGAGUCAUCAGACAGCCUGGCGUCUGACCAAAGCGGACAGGACGACGAGGAGUGGCUCUCUCAGGUGGAGAUUGUGACCCAUACAGGGCCCCACCGGCGCCUGUGGAUGGGCCCCCAGUUUCAGUUUAAGACCAUCCACCCUUCAGGUCAGACCACGGUCAUCUCCUCCUCCUCCUCGGUGCUUCAGUCCCAAGGCCCCACUGACGUCCAGCAGCCUCUCUUGGACUUCGACACGGACGACCUGGACCUCCACAGCCUCAGGAUCCAGCCGGUGCGCUCAGAGCCAGUCAGCAUGCCCGGCUCAUCACGGUUGGUGGCUGAUCGUCGAGGACAGUCCAACCUCAUGGAUGCAGGAUCUGGACCUUUCGAUGGGCGCGGUGUGACCCUGCUGGAGGUAUGUGGCAGCUGGCCGGAGAGCUUCGGCGUGCCGCGACACAUCGUGGGCUCAGCAGACGCCAGCGACGAAGGCCUCCGCGAGAGACUGGCCGACGCCAUGUCCGAGUCCCCCUCCAGAGAUAUAGUGGGAUCUGCUACAGAGCUGCAGAGGGAGGGCAGCAUCGAGACCCUCAGCAACAGCUCGGGUUCCACCAGCGGCAGCAUCCCGCGCAACUUCGAAGGCUACCGCUCUCCUCUGCCCACCAACGAGAGCCAGCCACUCAGCCUCUUCCCCACCAACUUCCCCUGAGAGUCCCCCACCUCUCCUUCAGGAAGAACCAUCACCACCACCACCACCAUCCAGCCCACCCACAUACCUGCCCCCCCACCCCCACCUAAAAUACCCACUCACCCACCUCAUCUGUUCACACACACAGCAUCACACUGACACACUGAUGUGUUGAACUGAAACCAAAUCGUGUGUAGGGUUUUGCGUGUGUGUCUCUGUACAGUGUGUGUGUGUGUGUGUGUGUGUGUGUGUGUGUGUGUGUGUUAUUUCUGUUCUCAUACAGCUGCUCACAAAUCAGUGUGAUGCCAGAUACACACAGUAUUAGUAUUUCAUGGGUCGGCUUUUGAUUUGAAGGCUGAUAUUUUUAUCGAGGCUGCUGACGGAUUUCCAAUAUUUUCAAAUUUAAAUUUAAUGUCAAAAUCAUUCCAAAAAAAACAAAAAAAAAAGAAUUAUUUAGCGUUUAACCCUCAAAUUGCCUUCACGUCAGGUUGAAAACACCUGGAUAAAUUCACUGUAAACCCAAACUAAUGUGGCUUACAGUUAACAGCCCUUCUAACUGUUGCUGAGCAGUCAACCAAAUGUAAAAGAGUGAGUGUUUUGACACAGCUGUGAUCGGAGAGGAUCUUCGUUUAUUUACAAUAGAUGAUAUUUAGUCAGAGACAGGUAUCAGCCUACAUUUGAGUGGAACCCUCGCUUUGUUACACGGUGUUAAAUCACCUCUCAGAAGCCAGUUGACACAGAUGUUUUUUGGAAGCCAGCCAUCCUCUCCUGUCUGCAGUCUUUACGUGUGAGUUUGAAGUUUUACAGUGUGCCUAUUGUCUGAAUGAGCCAUAAGAAAAGGAAGCGCCGACAAGAGGAAAAAUGUUUAUUCCAGUCAGUGUAGCAGCUCCUUUUCCCUCCGUGUGUGUGUGUGUGUGUGUGUGCGUGUGUGUGUGUGCGUUGCCGCUCUCAUGCCCUCUCUCUCUCUCUCUAAAUGUUUUUGAUUUAAUUUGGUCCUUUCAUGCCUUUGAUUUUCGCAUAAUUACAUUUGACAAAAGAUGCAGUAAUGAGAUGACACUAUUACUACGUUGCUGAAGUAAUUUAGAUGUUUACAGUGUAAUUGAGAUAUGUUUCUGAAAUCAUUUAGAUAUAUUCCCCACUCGGCCUUUCCAGAUAGUAAAUUUUAAUUGAGCGGAGUAAUACAGGCUUGUGUAGCCGUCAUGCUGUAUUUUGUACAUUAGCAACUUUUGACCAAAAUCUUUUUUUCCCCCCUCUUUGUUUAGUUAUAGAGCUCUAAGCUUAAAAUAUAUAUAUUUUCCUUAAAUGUUCUAGCUUUUCCCAGCGUUAAGACUUUGAUCAUCAGAAAUUCCUCUAAUAAACCCAAUAUGCCUGUUAGUUGGUGGAAAAUAAUAUGCACUAUUUACAAAGAGUCACCUUAGAGAGGAUGAUAUAUGAAAAUGAUUUAAAAAAGAAGUAGUGUACAAUCCCACACAUGGGACUGUCUGCAUGUCAGGACGGGCCUGAUGCUGCUCGGACACACAGCGAGGGCAUGAAUCCGCUCGUCUUAAUUCAGAGCAAAUGCUUGUUGUUGACAGUAGGAUUUUAUUUGUUACAAAAAAAAAAAAAAUACUGACUUCUUUUCCCAGCAUUCAUGCAAAAGAAACAUAAUAAAAAAAACU